AACAGAAGGAGGUCACUUCGGUCACUUCGCGUUUUGUAUUUAGUUUGUACCGCCGCGCUUGCCGUAGUUGUUUAGAACAUGUGGAUGCUCAAGUGUGCGGUGCUGUGAGUGAGAUCAGCGAUAAACUACAUUAACAAAUUACAUACUUAACAGCUGGGAUCAGGCUGAUCAUGGCCCAUCAGGCUCCCUCUGUGGCGAGGGAUGCAGUUUUAAAGGAGAGCAGCCCUCUGCCGGAGGACAUGCCCCAGAUUAUAGGUUAUGACUUCAACCAGGGAGUGGAUCAUAAAGCCCUGCUGCAGUCCUUCCUCACCACGGGCUUCCAGGCCAGCAGCUUCGGUCAGGCCGUGCUGGAGAUCAAUAAGAUGAUAGAGAGGAGACUGGAGCCAGUGGAGGAGGAGCUCGAGGGCUGCGAUGAUUCACAUCAGUCUGGUUCGGGAUGCACCAUCUUCUUGGGCUACACAUCAAACCUGAUCAGCUCCGGUGUGCGAGAGAGUAUUCGCUACCUCGCACAGCACAGAAUGGUAGAUGUAAUAGUGACCACAGCAGGAGGGAUUGAAGAAGACUUUAUAAAAUGUUUAGCACCCACUUACCUUGGAGAGUUCAGUCUGAAAGGCAAAGAGCUACGACAGCAAGGCAUUAAUAGAAUAGGUAAUCUCCUGGUACCAAAUGAAAAUUACUGUAAGUUUGAAGACUGGCUGAUGCCUAUUCUGGAUCAAAUGGUGCUGGAACAAAAAACAGAGGGCACACACUGGACACCCUCCAAAAUGAUCCACAGACUUGGCAAAGAAAUCAACAACCCAGACUCUGUGUACUACUGGGCUUAUAAGAAUGACAUCCCAGUGUUUAGUCCCGCUCUCACCGACGGCUCAUUGGGUGAUAUGAUCUACUUCCACUCAUAUAAGAACCCUGGACUAGUGCUUGACAUUGUGGAGGAUAUUCGGAGGUUGAACAGCAAGGCCGUGUUUGCCAAGAGCACAGGGAUGAUCAUUCUGGGUGGAGGUCUCGUCAAACAUCAUAUCUCCAACGCCAAUCUCAUGAGGAAUGGAGCAGAUUUUGCGGUGUUUGUCAACACUGGGCAGGAGUUUGACGGCUCUGAUUCCGGCGCCCGGCCAGAUGAAGCUGUCUCUUGGGGAAAGAUCCGCAUGGAUGCUUCUCCUGUAAAGGUUUAUGCUGAUGCUUCUAUAGUCUUUCCACUUUUAGUGGCUGAAACUUUUGCACACAACGGCAACAGGUUGAUCAAGGAGAAGAAGAGCGAUUGAUGGUGCUUUUCUCUUGCAAAACCUAUUUAAACACUUUACCCCUCAUCUCUCUCUUCCUGUUUGCUUGUUUUUCUGUGCAGAUGGUUUGAAUGCUCUAUUGAAAUUCAUAAAAUCAUGGCUAAUAGUCCAUUUAAACAAAUAUUGACAUCAGUGUUUCAUUUGUAUAUUAUGUAGAGGUUUUAUGUAAUUUUCUGUCAAGUGUUUGUGUCAGGUAAAAUAUGUUCAAAACAAAUUUCCAAGGUUAUAUUUACAGUUGUUUCUUGAGCUCACUAGUUUUUAUAUUUAAUUCUGUACCUAAUUCAGAAGGUACAAUGUUUGUUUUAUUGUAUUUCAUCCCUCGUUGUGUUGAGUACUACUUUUAUCUGCAUGUUUGUUCUCUCCAUUAAAAAAAUAUGGUAAAUGUCACCAUGAAGAGUACAUUUAUUCCAUAACCUACAUUACUUAAUUAUUACAUGGCUGUUAAAACGCAUGGAUAUGAAUGGAAUGAGAUUAAAGAAUUUAAGAAAA